UCCUGCGAAACGCCCUCCAGCCGGGGUACCGGGAUGCUCUGCCAGGCCAUGGGUGCUCGUGGCCUGUCCCCAUCGAGUCCUGGGAACCCCGGUCUGACACGUCCCACAGCGCACCUUCCGCCCGGAAACGCGACCCGGAGAGAAAAGGUCCGCGGGGCCAGUAGAGCCGCUGGCUGGUCGGAGAUCGGGGCCGGGGCCAAAGGGCGUCAGCGUGAGCUGCGUGCGGGAGAGCGGGAAUGAGGCUGCCUCGCCAGAGGUGGCAGCAGCAGGCCGGGUUCACUCUCCGGUCUCUUUCUCCGGACGCGGCCGAGCUGGUUUCCCACCGACUUGCAUUCGACUCAGCACAGACAGGCACUGGGGUGAAAAGUCAUAAAGAUGGCGCUGGCCGUUCGUCUUUUGCCUCGCUUGCUGCUCGCUCCGCCGCUGCCCGGCGGGGCAGGCCGACCCCGGACUCCCCGUGGAGCCGAGGCGAGACCGUCGUUGGCUGCGCUUUGCCGCUUCUGCCGCCGCCGCCUCGGCUCCGGACCCGCCCCGCUGCCUCGAGUCACUUGGGCCUCGGCGCUGCUCGCUCGGGGCCCGCAGCGGCCCCUGCUCGGCCCUCCGGGGCCAGCCGCAGCCCUCUCCGCUGUGCCCGCCUGCCCCCGGCGCAGCUACAGCGCCGACGAGCAGCCCCCGCCGCGCCAGAAAACCAAGAUGAUCAUUCUGGGAUUCUCCAACCCCAUCAACUGGGUUCGGACUCGAAUUUACGCCUUCCUUAUCUGGGCCUAUUUCGACCAAGAGUUCAGCAUCGCAGAAUUCUCUGAGGGAGCGAAGCAGGCUUUUGCUUAUGUGUCCAAGUUGCUGUCACAAUGUAAAUUUGAUCUAUUGGAAGAACUUGUGGCCAAAGAGGUGCUACAUGUAUUGAAGGAAAAGGUUACUUCAUUACCUGAUAACCAUAAAAAUGCUCUUGCCGCUGACGUAGAUGAUAUUGUAUACACAUCAACAGGAGACAUCUCCAUUUACUAUGAUGAGAAAGAAAAUGGAAGGUAGUAUGAAGGAAGUAUGAAGGUAUGAAAACUAAAGGGAGCUUUAGGAAGAAAAGCAUUGAAAUUUGCCAAGUUAUUUAAGAAGAGAGAAAGUCCUAAAGGCAUACUGGACAUGAAACAGAAGUGUUGAGAGAUUAGAAAGAGGUAAUGCUGCUGAAUGUAACUAGAGGGUGUUUAGCUGCCUGUCGCUGCAUCGUAAACUGCUCCUGAACUCAGUAACUUCGAGCAGCCACUUAUUUUGUCUGCUGCUUUACUGCUCAGGAAUUUUGGAAAGGCACAGCUGUGGGGUUUUUAUUGCUUCACCUGC